AUGGAUCAACCCAGCUCUCCAAGCCCCGGGCCCAUAACAAGCGAAUAUAUAAAGACCGCAUCCGCCAGCGAAGUGCCCGUAGAAAAUUUUCCAGAAGUUCCAACCGGGGAAGCUCUGUUUGAGGCACAGCUCACUCACAUCCAGGAAACCAUUACACAAUGGUGGCAAAAGCUUAAGGAGCAGCCUCAGCUGGAGCCAACCACAGUGGUGAUACUCGGAAAGGUGUUGGAGAACGAGCGCUUGGAGUCACAAGCUGUUGCAGACUCUAUAGGCCAACGGAUCUGGUGUACGUAUCGUUGCGGGUUUGAGCCUAUACCCAAAGCACAGAAUGGCCCGGCGCCACUUCUGUUUAUCACGUCAAUCCUCCUCAAUAGUGUUUCGGCAAGAUCACUCUUCGGCGGGUUCGACAACCAGCUGUUCCACACUGAUGUUGGCUGGGGCUGUAUGAUUAGAACAUCUCAAUCGCUCCUUGCAAAUACAUUCCAGCGAGUAGUCGAAAAGAGCGGUGGCAUCGGAAAAGAAGCCGAGAUAAUUAAGCUUUUUGGCGACACUUACGAGAGUACGUUUUCGCUUCAUAAUUUUGUGAGGGCUGCGUCUCAGCUGCCUUUGGAGGUCAAACCCGGGGAGUGGUUUGGGCCUAGCGCAGCGUCCUUAUCAAUCAAGAGACUUUGUGACAAGUACUCAUGUGAUAAUUUGCCGUCUCUUCGUGUACAUGUCAGUGAAAACAGCGCUUUGUGUGACGGAGAAAUCGAAGCUCUCUUUGCAGACAAAAGCGAUGCACUCUUGGUCUUGUUCCCAAUUCGUUUGGGAAUCGAAACAGUCAAUAUCUACUACUAUCCCAGUAUUCUUGAACUCCUCGCACUUCCACAAAGUGUAGGUAUUGCUGGUGGCAAGCCCUCUUCCAGUUACUACUUCGUGGGUUAUCUGGGUGACAACCUUCUCUACCUUGACCCACACAAUUUACAGCCCGUCUCAGCAGACUUGGAGCUGUAUCAUACAUCCCGGUGUCAGACCAUCCCGAUAUCUUCAUUGGAUCCUCUGAUGCUAGUGGGUAUUUUGCUUCACGAUAUCGAAGACUACAAAAGUUUUAAGGGUUCCAUCGCAGAUUCUAACAAAAUUAUAUCCUUUCACGAUAAACCUGUCAAGAAAAGCAUUGCUGGCGAUGAUUAUAUACGGAUAAAUGCUCAGCUGGGAAUGAGCACAAUCGACGAUUACGUGGAUGUGAGCGAUCAAUUCUCCGGGGAGAAUCUUCUGUUACACGACGAAUCAGAAUCGGAAAUUAACAUCACUGAAGAAAUCAGACAAGAUGAUUCAUUUGAGAAUAUUGACGCGGUUGAGCACUCUGCCUAG